UGAACAUACGUGCGCAACAAGCCCGGGCAUAUAUGGCAAUAUACGUAUUAUAAUAUUAUAUGAUAUGCAGUUUGUUUGUUUAUUUAAUUGCUAUCGUUCAUUUGUUCUCGCACGAGAACUGUGGAGGCGGCCGAUCUCAAUUUCAUGAUCAUAAUUCAUGAAUCUACUUGUCUUUUAAUUCUCAGUUCUCACCAUAAUUCAAUUGGUAUCAUAAUGAUAGAAUACGAUUGUUAACUAAAUACUAAAAAAUAAGAAUAUAUUCAACUUGAAAAACACUGGAAUGAUUCAACUAAUGUGAUAGAAGCUUGUACAACGGAUGACAACUUGAUCAAGAUGUAACGAUGAGAACAAACUUUCCUUAUAUUUGUGUAAUGAUAUAUUCGCCAAUAAUUUGAUGAUAUGCGGUAUUUUAUAGUUCGACUAUUAGUAGUGGAGUAAGAAAUCUGAAUGAGGGGGACUAAAAUUUUACGUUCGAGAUGUUUGAACCGGGGAGGGGGCUAAAUCCUUACAACCUAAUCUAUUUUCCAAGUUUGUUACAAAAUUUACACGUAACUUUACACGAUUUUUAGAGUUGAGAGGGGGAUAUAGCCCCUCAUGAUUAUAAGGUGGCUCCGCCACCGUCCAAUAUGAUACGAUAAUUUUUUAUUUCCUUUUAGAAAGGUAAUUAUCACAAAUCUCAUUUAUUUUAGGGUUAAUAGCCUAGUUUGUCCUUAAGUUUCACGUAAGUGACAAUUGUGGCCCGAUUUUUUCAAUAAGACAUUUAUGGCCUACUUUUUAAACUAUUAGACAAAUUUGGCCUAUGAAGCGGUUUGACCGUCAGAAUUGACGGUCAAUCAUUUUCUCCAUCAAUAACUCAGCACGCACUGCUGACUAGACUCGUCCAUGUCAUUUAAAAUUAAAAAAAAAUGAAAAGGGAAGUCGAAUGGUCCACCACAAGCAGACCUUUCCCUUUCAUUCUUUAUCCCUUUUCUUCCUCCUCCGUUAGCAACUAUCCCAUAGAGGAGAUUGUGAGAGACGGUGAAGAUUUGGAGAUUGGUGAGGAGGAAAGCCGGGAGCUCGUCGGAGAGAAAGUUGUACAUGAGAUAAACGGCUCGAAGGAGCGAGCUGCAGGAGAGGGAGGAAGGGAUGGAGCCAUUGAAGUUGUUGGAGUGGAGGCUGAGGAGGCGUAGCUGGGCGAGUGGCUGGAGGAAGAGCAAGUGACGUUGCGCCAGUCGUAAGGGGCGAGUGGGAUGGAAGGGUCCCAGUCGUCCAGGGCACCGAGUGGGUCAUGGAGGGCAAGCUUGAAGGCGGUCAAGGCUUGGAUUUCGGCGGUGGUGGCGACUACGAGGAGGAGAAGGGGAGGACAAAGUGGCGGCGUCGGAAAAAAAAAUUGAAAUUAUGGUUUGGAUGUGCUUUGGGGAUUUUGGAUAAUAAGAGGGCUUCAGUUUUAUAUCUUAUUUUUAUUUUAACCGAAUUAAAAAAUUAAAAUAAUAUUAUUUAAUGAUGUGGCAAGCCACAUCAGCUACUUUUUGAUGAGUCACUAACGGAAUAGUGUUUGACCGUCAAUAUUAACGGUCAAAGAAAAUUUUGGGCCAAAUUUGUUCAAUAAUUUGAAAAGUAGGCCAUAAAUUUUUUAUUAGAAAAGUCGGGUCACAACUGUCACUUGCGCUAAAUGUCGGGCCAAACUAGAGUAUUAACCCUUUAUUUUAAACGUAACAUAUAUUUGAUAAAAACAAAAACGUAACAUGGGGGGUUAAGUUGACCAUCAAUUAAUAUAUAUGCAACUGUGCAAUUGGGCAUUGUGGUUGGUGACCGCGCCACGGUUUUUCAGUUUCUUCUCUUGCAUCAGCCAUUAAUUCUUUGCUAUCCAGAUCCACAAAACGGAGUAAGAAAUGAGAUAAGGUGACACUAGCUAAGAUUUGUUUCAUGAGCAUCAGAUUUAAAAGCAGGGAGGACAUGCGUCAUCAUGAUCGAGCAAUGAAACAAGAUAACAUGAUUAUAAGCAGGAGGUAAAAUUAACAAUAAAAUUGCACACCAAAAAUAUGAAACACUGUAGAAUUUUCGAUGUAGAAAAGUUAUAAUUAAAAGAUUCGUCACUUUUAUAACACUAUCAGAUAUCUUCUGUACUUAGAGUCCAUCAUUUAACAACCUAAUGAUAGAGACCAUAACAAAUAACAAUGCCCAAAUGUUGAAGGUUUAGGCGUCAGAUCCUUUUUACUUUUUGUUAUCUUGAAGGUUUACUCAAAAUAUUUUUUAUGAUGAGAAGUAGAAUUAAUUAUAUUAUUUUCAACAAAAACAUUUGAAGUACUCAAUAAACUUGAAGUCAACAAAAUAAUGCCAAAUAACACAACUGUUAAUUUAUUUUAUGCGCUUAUUAUUAACGUUGAAUUUGUUUUUAAUAGUUGGUGAUCAUUAAAUAAAAUCGAAGAAAGCAAAACACACCAAAUGAACACUAUAAAAACAAAAACGAAAGCACUUGUCAUUAAUUCCUUAAACUAUUCCUAUCAUGAUAGUUUAAGGGAACUAACUGAAGGAUUAACGUAUAGCCAUACGUAAUCAGGAGCUGAAAAUAGGAUCUUCUAAGACCGCCCGAGUGAAAAGGAAAAAAGGAUCCUUUAAAUUCCCCAAUCGAGCUGGAUUUGGUGUAGCUGUUUAGGUAGGGUAGAGAUGCAUUAAUUCGUUAAUAAUUAAUUAAUUAAAUGGGGGAUUAAGAGGGAAACUGAACAGAUGCAUUAUGGAAAAAACGUCAUUGCAAACGCCGGCCCUCUUACGUUUCAGUCUCCUCGGCUGAUCCCUUUUCUAGAAGAAAGUUUUUUCCUUUACGGCGGCGACUAUUCCCGGUUAAACGGAACGGAUGGGUCUACUAGUUCGGUUUCUUGUUUCUUCUUCGUACGUACGACUCGCAAUAUCCAUAUAUAUCCAUCCAUAUUUUCAUGGAUUAGGAGGAGAAACCGAACUUUCCAUAUAAGAAGCGUCCUAUUUGACUCACAAUGGAAGAUAGUCUUCAAACAAUGGUGACCUAUAAUCAUAUAUAAUCUACGAUUCUACGUUGAACUUAGCUAUGCAGGAAGAGGAACUACUGCUUGCACAUGGCUAUUCUCGAUCAUUCAAUGGUUCUCAGUUGUUUUUUUUUUUUUUUGACAAUGUUAGCUGGUAUUCAAUAUAUAUGACUUUGUCGU